AUGGCAAGAACUGCAGAAUCCAGAGUUGAAACAUACUAUGAUUCUCAUGAAUCUGAAGCAGAUAAUGCUACUGGUAGAAAUCAGCCAAAGAAGCCAAACUCUGGAGGACCUUGGUUUACAUUUGAUGAUAUUUCUCCACACCUAUGGAGAAAGAGACUUCUAGAAUUUGGAGCAUGGAUAGAUACUAAGCUGUUAGCUGCUGAUGCUGACCCUUACAAAGUAAUGGAAGAAUUUUGCUCCAGAAUGAUUGGUUCUCUGAAAGAAUGGUAUCACAACUUGGGAAGUGUCAGACAAGAUCAACUUCACCAAGUAGGUACUUCCUCUGGCAUGCUAGGAGUUCUUCACCAAGAAUUCAUUGGAGAUGGAGACAUAAUUGAUAAGAAAAAUAGGCAAGAAUUUUUUGAAAUGAAGUGCUGCUCUCUGAAGAUAAAAGAUCUUGAAAGGCAUUUUAAAAGAAUGAUGCAGAAGUUCUAUUUGCUGAAUGGAUACAAUGAUCCAAGCCUCAAAAACACUUAUGUGGCUUCUCUUCCUAAGGAGAUUCAGCCAGAGCUUAACAAGAUGGCGAUUGCUCAAGGGAAAGAUUUCACAGCCCUCACUAUGGGCCAGAUUCACCAGCUGACUCUUGAAGUGGUGGAUAAACUCUGCAAGCAGCAUAAGUAUAUGACUGACCUGAUGAAUCAGAGGUCAAAGUACACUCAAGCCUGUAAGAAGCCUUAUCUGGAGAUAAAAUGCAAAGAUAGCAAUUAUGAUUGUGGGCCAAAGAAAAAGAACCAUUUCAAGAAGUAUAAUCCAAAGCAAAAAGGCAGAAACAAAAAGAACCAGAAACAAUACAGGUUCUUCAAGAAAAAGAAGUUUCGUGGAAAGAAUAGAGGCCAGAGAUGUUUCAUUUGCAAGAAGAAAGGUCAUUUUGCAAAGAACUGCCCCAAUAAAUCAGAUAAAGUGGUAAAAAUGAUAACUGCUUUGAAUCUUGACGAAGGAGAUGCAGAAUCUUUGUACUCAGAACAAAGCACUGGAGAUGAAGACACUGUCUUUGCACUACAGGAUUCCUCCUCUAAUUCUGAUAGUGAUGUUCCAGUUUUUGCUAUAAAUGAAGUAUUCUACAUCAGUCCAGAAAUACCUAAGCCCAGUGUAGAAGUUCAUAUUUUAUCAUCCAAAUUCAGUCAUCCUAAAAAGGUGAUUGCAUUCAUGGAUACUGGUGCUGCAAGAUCGAUGAUGGAUCCCAAGAUCUUACCUCCUGAAGCAUGGAAGAAGGAGACAACUUAUUUUAUAGCUGCUGAUGGCAAAGCAUUCAGAACCAAUUUGAUCACUAAACAUCCUAUAGGGAUAAGAUUUUUCCCUGAAUGUGUUAUCUGGACAAAUGUGAUUGGAACUCGUCUGUCGGAUAAAGACAUUUUGAUAGGCAUGGAUGUCUACACUAAAGCCAAAAAGCUUCAAAUCCUUCCUCAAGGGAUAAGAUUCAAAAGAGAUUUCAAGCCUUAUUCAGAAACCUCAAAAUUAUAUGCUCUUUCUGAAGCUCCUCCUGAACUUGAUGAUAUCAAGGGGAAACUGUUACCUCUGUGUACAGAAAAUCAUGGGGAAUUCUCUCAUCCAAAUCCUCUGUGGAAGAAUGAAGACUUUUUUGUACAGCUUCCCUUUAAGCUCAAUGAAGAUAUUAAUCCAACCAAAGCAACUCACCCAGGAAUGUCCCCAUCAGACCUUAUAUUGGCUAGAAUUGAAUGCCAAGAACUGUUAAAGCAAGGACUGAUAGAGCCUACCAAAUCUCCAUGGGCAUGUCAAGCCUUUUAUGUGGAGAAAAGGUCAGAAAAAAUUCGAGGCAAGAAAAGAUUAGUCAUUGACUAUAGGCCUCUAAAUCAUUUUUUGCAGGAUGAUAAGUUUCCUAUUCCAAAGGUUGACACACUUCCUAUCCUUUUCAAGGAUGCUCAUAUCUUUUCCAAGUUUGACAUGAAAGCAGGUUUUUGGCAACUUGGAUUAGAUCCUGCUGAUAGAUAUAAGACUGCUUUCUGCAUUCCGAAUGCUCAAUACCAAUGGAAAGUACUUCCAUUUGGUCUCAAAGUGGCUCCUUCCCUUUUUCAGAAAGCAAUGACCAGAAUUUUUGCUCCACUUUUAGAUACAAUUCUUAUCUAUAUUGAUGAUGUUCUUCUUUUUUCCAAAAAUAUGGAAGAACACAGGAAGCUGCUCAAUCAAUUUGCAGAACUAGCUAAUCAACAUGGACUUAUGCUCUCUGAGAAGAAGAUCCAUAUUGCCCAAACUGAAGUUGAUUUUCUGGGAAUGCAUUUCUCAAAAGGAAUGUACCAGCCACAGCCACACAUUGCAAAAGGACUUGCAGAAUAUCCUGAUGAAAAUCUCACUUUUAAAUAG